AUGUUCAAACUUAUUUCAUGUUCAACUUCUGCAGGGAGUCGAGAGGAAGGAGAAUUGCCAGCUGAUGCUGCUUCUCCCGGAGGUAUGGAAAUUGAGGAAACAAGCUUCGUCCAACAAAUGCAUGAUGCUCUGAAGGAAGGAUCGGCUGAUGUUCCACCCACUCCUGACGUUGAUCCAUCAGCUGCGGACACAGUCAAAUUAAAAGAAGCAGGUACCAGUAGUGGAGCUCUCGAAUCAGCCCCGACCAACGAAGAUGUCACAAUGCACGAAUCUGUUGGAGGAGAGACCACGCAUACAACAGAGGUCGAGGAAUUCAAUGAACAUCACCUCGAUUUCAAUCUCUCUGAAGGCGACCAUGAGUAUAUCUCCGACUUACUAUCGGGGAAAACUCCUGGUGCAGCCACGGAAUCCAGCGUUGGAGUCGGUCCAACAGAAGCAGGUCCUUCUGAAAGACCAGUUGCUGGAACUGAUACUACUAUAAUCGUUGGAACAUCUGAACACCCGGAGGGUCGUGAACUCGUUUCUUGA